AUCUUCUUGACUGUGAUGGCGUCGUUAUGCAUAUGUUUCACGGCCUUGCCCAAUCAAUCCAUGUCGUACUCUUGACCAGAUGUCAAGAAGGGGGACCAGAGUUCUGACGAUUGACCUUGCAAUUGUAGGUAGGUCGUUCUCUCAGGUUCGACUUCUAGUCAGAGCGGCAACGCUCGAGCACCCACCAAAUUUCAAUUUCAAUCUGAUGCCAGCCGCUGCGCCUCCUACGUAUAUCUAUUAGGUCCCGUCACCCUCUGUUUUGCUUUGUCUUGUCUGUAUAUACAGUACAUUCCUCAAACUCUCAUAACUUCUCUGCUGUACAUCCACAAUUAUCAAGCAGCCUUCCCCAAGACAGCCUUGUUCGCCUACAAUUGUCAUCAUGGCACCAGUCGCUAUUACCCCUCCCCCGGUGGAGGUCAAGGCUCGUCCUGGCCUCCAGCGUGCCAACACUGCUAACAUGGGCACCAAGAGGAAGAUCAUCUGCUUCUCAGACUUUGAUGGAACAAUCUUCAUGCAAGACACUGGUCACACCUUGUUUGACAAUUUUGGUUGUGGCCCGGAGCGACGAGCCGUUCUUGCUCAUCAGAUGGAAUCCGGAGAGCGAACUUUCCGGGAAGUCUCAGAUGAGCUGUAUGCUUCUCUAGACGUUCCCUUCGAGGACGGCUUCGAGGUCAUGAAGACUGCACUGGAUAUUGACCCCGACUUCCAGUCCUUUCACGAGUUUUGCGUCAACAAUACCAUCCCUUUCAACGUUAUUUCGGCUGGUCUGAAACCCGUUCUACGAAAAGUACUAGAUCAUUUCAUCGGGGAAGACAUGAGCAAGCACAUCGAAAUUGUCGCCAACGACGCAAAGAUUGCCGAAGACGGCAGCAAAUGGGAGGCUGUUUGGCGACACGACACCCACCUCGGCCACGACAAGGCCCAGUCGAUCAACGAAUACAGAGAGAUGGCCGCAAUGCAAAGCGACAAUGGCACGAUUCCAUUGAUCGUCUUCAUCGGAGAUGGUGUUUCCGAUCUUCCAGCGGCACGAGAAGCCGACGUGCUCUUUGCGCGUCGUGGGCUGAAGUUGGAGGAGUACUGCGUUGAGCACAAUCUGCCUUAUAUUCCAUUCGACACGUUUGCCGAUAUUCAGAGGGAAGUAAUCAAGAUCGCCAAGAUCGACGACGAAAAGACACAUGGUAAAGGUCUGCCGACGACCUUUAACCCUCGGGCCAACAUGUGGAGAAGAGCCAGCAGCAAAACAUCGGUCUCUCUUUUCGCGGCGCUCAGUCCGUCCAAGGAAGAAAAGGCUUUCAUGUGGCCAGAGACCUUCACCCAGCCAGCAACAAAAGUGCCUAAUGCGGACGCUGCAAAGGCUGCUGUCGCUGCACCAGUUGCUUGAUGUUGUUCUCGUUCAGCGCUUGCUCCUGUCCAAAAUAGUAUGGGACAACCAACUUCAGCACAUUCCACUGUAUUUUCGAUUUUGAACUCAGCACAAUAGCGAGAGGCGUUCAGGAAAGAAACACUACACUCGGGGGAAUUUGAUUAUGAUCAUAUACUUUAAAGAGAUGACAGCGAAAGACUCUAAUAGAUUUAGCUAGAGAGAGAGAGAGAGAGAGCGAUACCUUCAGAGUAUGUUUGCUAGAAUCUAAUCCGAGCCAUAGAUCUUUGCUUGUUGAAUUCGGAAUAAAUUCAAAUGUCGGUCUUUUGAAGUUCUUUCGGCCCAAACUAAAAUGGG